UAAAUCCAAUUAACAACAUUAUUCCUUAUUGCGAAAAUAACAAUAAACCCAGUCCUCCGAAUCCGAUUGCAAAACCCUAAACCCCCUCGAGAGAGUCCUCCUCUCCCGAGCUCCUUCAAUGGCGGCCGCCGACCUUCAAUCCUACUUCCCGGCCGAAUCCUCCGCCGCCGUCCUCCCCCCACCUCGCCGUCCUCGUCCAUCCACACCGGAAUCCAACUUCUGGCGUUCCUUCCGCAAGUCCCAGCUCUCCCCAUCGUUCAUCCUUCCCGUCUCCUCCCUUGACUUCUCCCCCACCGCCCCCCACGACCUUGCCGUCGCUGCCUCCGCCUCCAUCCAUCUCCUUGACGGCUCAUCCAUCUCCCCGAAACCUUACUCUCCCCUUUCCUCCGGCUUCUCCGAUCUCGCCCACUCCCCAUCCUUCCGUUCUGACGGUGCCCUCCUCGCCGCCGGCGACUCCUCCGGUCUCGUCCACGUCCUCGACCCCUCCCACUCACGCCCACCUCUCCGCCGCCUUCGCGCUCACACUCGCGCCGCUCACGUCGUCCGGUUCCCCAAAUCCCCUAACGACAAGCUCCACCUCUUCUCCGGCGGCGACGAUGCCCUUCUUUGCUACUGGGACAUCCCCUCCGAGACCUCAGUUUUAUCCAUUGCCGGAGCUCACAAGGACUACAUCCGUGCUGGAGCUGCAUCCCCAGUCAACACGGAGAUCUUUGCCACCGGUUCCUACGACCACACAGUGAAGAUCUGGGACGUCCGCGUCUCUCCGGAAUCCAACCCCGUCUCAAGCUUCAACCAUGGCAACCCCGUCGAAAGCCUUCUCUUCCUUCCGUCUGGAGGCCUUCUUGCGACGGCUGGAGGUAAUGUCGUCAAGCUCUGGGAUGUCAUCGGUGGUGGGAGGUUGAUCCACUCGAUGGAGAGCCAUAACAAGACCGUGACAUCUCUGUGUCUUGAAAAAUUCGGAGAUGGCAGUGAUGACGAGCAGUCAAGGAUUCUUAGUGUUUCCAUUGAUGGGUAUCUGAAGGUUUUUGAUUAUGCUGCGUUCAAAGUCACUCAUUCAAUGAGGUUUCCGGCCCAGCUCUUAUCAGUGGGGUUCUCACCAUCAGGCUCUGCUUGGGUUGUUGGAGCUUCAAAUGGGACUCUGUAUUUUGGGAAGAAGAGGACAGAGAAGAAGGAGAUUGUGGCUAGUGUGGCUAGUGAAUUUGAUGGGUUUGUUGCUGAGCCACAGAAGCGAGCAUUGCGACCGUCUUAUUAUCGAUAUUUUCAUCGCGGGCAAAGCGAAAAGCCGGGAGAGGGUGAUCUAAUUGUGAAGAAAGCUGCGAAAUUGAAAUUGGCUGAGCAUGACAAGCUCUUGAAGAAGUUUAGACACAGGGAGUCUCUGGUUUCAGCUUUGAGGAGGGGAAAUCCAAACAGCAUUGUGGCAGUGAUGGAGGAGUUGGUGGCAAGGAAGAAGUUACUGAAAUGUGUGGAGAAUUUGGAUGUUGAUGAGCUUGGGUUGUUGCUUGGUUUCCUUCAUAAACAUGCUACUACGCCGAGGUAUGCGAGGUUCUUGAUGGGGCUGGUGAAGAAGGUGCUUGAGAUGCGGGCGGAGGAUGUUCGGUCUUCCGCUAUACUGAGGGGUCAUGUUAGAAAUCUUAAGCGGAUGGUUGUGGAAGAGAUUCAAGUUCAAAGAUCGUUGCAAGAGAUACAAGGCAUGAUUUCGCCUUUGCUUGUGAUUGCUGGGAGAUGAUGAGGCUGUUGAUGAUGCGGAACGCUUGGACUGUUAUGCAUUUUACUUGAGGUAGAGCUCAACCUGCUUAUUGAUUUUAUUAUUAUCUGAGCUUGUCGGCACGGUCUUUGCUUCACACCACUAUUUACUCCAUCUACAGAGAGUUACACACACUUGUUACUAUCAGAUGCCAAUUUUGCAUUUAUCCGGAUACUAGCAAGUCCAUCUUGAGUUCAUGUAUGAAAUUUUCUCAAAGAUUAGUUUUGUGCUUGCAAUUUGGAUUUAAAUUAAUGUUGUUAAGUGCUUCUUGUCA